AUGGGGAAGGAAUCCGCGGUGCGAGAGCGCAUCCGCGUCCACGCGCACUCGGUGGUGGGACAAGGGGCAAAACUGCCCGGCAGCAUUCUUACCAAGCUACACACACCCGUGAAUAUUUUACGGAAGCGGAAGGAAUACGCCAAAGCUGACAGCAGAUACGUCAUAUCAGACAAUUUCAUAGUUUGUGUGGAGACCGUCACAGCCUUCGUCUGGGCCCCCCUCUGCAUCUGGACUGUGUUAGCAUUUCUUUCAGACCAGCCCCAUCGGUUCGUGCUGCAGCUGAUUGUGUCGCUGGCCCACCUCUAUGGAGUUGUUCUGUACUUUUCUACCGAGUAUUUCGAGGGCUUCAGUCACAGUGAGCUAGGGCACCCGAUAUACUUCUGGUUUUAUUUCUUCUUCCUGAAUUUUUUGUGGUUCAUCAUUCCUUCUAUCCUCAUCCUGGAUGCUUGGAAACACCUCACCACUUGCCAGAAGAUGACGGAUGCUGGCAAAAUCAAGAAGCACUGAGCUCUUGCAUAGUGGAUCAUCUUGAACACAUACGCCAUUGGAGAAGCACUGCAAUAAUUCAGGGAUUGGUUGGCUACUUUCUGGUGCCUUGUCUCGGUCCGUUUCCUCCUCUGCCCCCAUCGAUCAGGGACAUUCUCCUAGUAUCCACCAAUUAACCCUCCUUGGGAUUAAGAUGAGGGAAGCUGUAGGCCAGAAACAACUCAAAUCUCAGAAUACUGUGGUUUUGUUCCCACCGUGUUUGUUGCUAGACACUGGAACAUUAGAGGAUGAAUUGCUUGUGUGAAUCAGCUGUCAUGGGUUUAAGUUCAUAUAUGAGACAUGCUAAAACAAAUGAAAAACUGUGAUUUUGUGAGGAAGGCCUGCAUUGUUUUAGAAAAUGUUAUAGAGAAAACAUUAGACACUUUAUAAUUAAAAUAAUAACCCUCUCCAUAA